CGUCCGAGCUCCGAGGAAUAGGACAGCCUUUUCGCUUUUUCUUUUUGUCUUUUUUUAAAAAAACAACCGCCAGGCUACAAUAGAGGUUUUUGGAUAAGUUGUAGAACCGGUGUUUUGAUUGAUUUUUUUUACUUAGACCGCGGCCGUGCACUGCCAGCUGUCAUGCAACACCUGCCAGCUGACGAGCUCGAUUUUAAUCGCAGACAUCGUUUCCUUGACCCAGAUCUCAAUAAUUCUGGAAGGGAACGCGCUACAAGUCAACCACCAAGAACACUACUCCCAAACUCUUCCUCCCCAUCUUCAAUAUCAUCUCCUUGGUCAUCAUCAUCAUCACCACGAAUGCUUCAACCAACCCGAACAACAACCGGUCUCCCAAUGAGCGUACCCACACGCAGUUCAUCCUUUUCAAACCCCCAAUCAAACUAUAGCUCUGCCCUCCGCGAAAGCCAUUUCGAGAGUACGUUCGAAGAUGAUGAGUCAGAGGCGCUUUCAGAUACCUAUGACGAACAUUACCUACCUACUUCUCGUGGCCGCACCUACGCCCCCGAUCUCACCCGUAGCCGCAGUCAAAGUCUCGCCACCACUCGUCCCGGUCCAAUCUCUAGUCCAUACCAAAACCAAGGCCUCUGGAAUGAAUCCGCUAAUCCCAAUUCCAACCCGCUUAAUAUCCCUGGGUCGAGGUAUGGCGAGAUCAAGCCACCUGCUAGUAGUCGCUAUGGAAGUCUUGGCGCUAUGGGCAGGUCCCCGCUUGCUGAUAACGGGUAUCCGAAUAGGAACACUAUCGACGUAUCGAACAUGAGUCCUUUUGUCCGUGACGUCGGACAGAUCCUUCUUGAUGAUGGGUCUGCGUUUCGAGAACUAUGGGCUGGGAUGAACCCUCCAAAGGAUGAGAAUGGUGGAGGGGGCAGUGGGACUACUAGUAGGAGACACAGCGUUAGCGUCGUUCAACCCAGGAGACCUACCAUUGUGGGGUUUAAUGCGCCGGAAAGUAAUGCUGGGGAUGAUUCGCAUGGGCAUUCGAGGUUUGGGGCGCAGCCUUUUGGUGGGAGGGGUGGGCUUAUGCUCUCGGAUGAUGAUCUUGCUGCUGAUCUCGGGAUGAUGAGUAUGAAAGACCCCGGGCAUGUCGCGCCUUCCUCGUCAUCCACCACAAGCCAACCAUCCAGCCUCCCAAUCUACCCCCGCAGCCCACCCUCAUCAGACCGCGUAAGCCCAUACCACCUCAACAUCCCAAGUGGAACGAGCUUCGCUUCCCGCCAACAAUUCGGGUCUCCGAGCGAGAGCGGGCUUUCGACGGGUGGAAGCCCCCCGCGGGGACAUUUUGAUCAGCAGAUUCUGGAGGCGCAGUAUGGGCAACAACUUACUGCGAGGUUCAUCCCAGGGCAGGGGAUCCAAUACCUCCCUCCUCAAAGCACCCACAACGGGAGUUUCACACGCAGCUCAACUCAAGGCGCGCUCUCUCCCACAACCUCCCGCCCAAUCCAACCCCAACAAGGUCCCUAUUACCACCAAAUCCAACGUCGUCCCAGCGACGCAAGUGCACCCCCGUCACUGAGCGACCUGGGCAAAGGCGUUCCCCUAAGCAGCGUCCCAGCCUCCUGGCCACUCUUUAUAGUCGAAUUCAAAGCUGGCCGUACGGAUCUCUUCUACCUCACUGAUCUAAGCCUUGAUAUCCGAGUUGGGGAUCUGGUGAUUGUAGAAGCGGAUAGAGGGAAGGAUUUGGGAAAGGUUGUUAAUGAUAGUAUUACGCUCAAGGAGGUGGAGGCGUUUCAGAGGGAGCAGAAGGAGAGGGUUGCGUUUGGAGAUGGGCCGAUGAGUCCUGGGGGUGCUGCUGGGGGUGCGGGGGGUGCGGGGAAGAAGGAAAUUAAUCCGAAGAUGAUUUAUGGGAAGGCGCAGGGGCAUGAUACUCAGCAUUUGGUGACGAAGAUGCAAGAUGAACUCAAGGCGCUGCAACUUUGCCAGAGUAAAGUCCGGCAGAAGAAACUCCCUAUGGAGGUUAUCGAUGCGGAGUAUCAAUGGGACCGACGUAAACUCACGUUUUACUUUAUCGCUGAAAAACGCAUCGAUUUCCGGGAGCUCGUUCGGGAGUUAUUCCGGCUGUAUAAAACAAGGAUCUGGAUGGCCUCCUUACAAGGCCCAGGAGGGUACGAGCAGUAACUGCUCCCCUCCCACAUACAAACAAGCAAGCAAUCAACGCAAGGGAAGGAAGAACCAUAAAAACCACGCAA